UCUAACGGCUGCUUGUUGCAAAGUCAACCCAAAGGAAGUCGAUAGCAAAUUAUUUGCCAGCUAGCUAGCUAUUAAAGCUAGCCAACACAUUUUUCGCCGGCGUGGAACUCAACAGCAAAAAUGUCUGCGGGAGAAAGUUUGACGGCUCGUUUUGACAAAAUCGAUGCCAUGUUGAAGGAUCCGAAGUCGGAAAUUAACACCGACUGCCUCUUGGAUGGUUUGGAUGCUCUGGUUUACGAUCUCGAUUUCCCAGCCUUGAGAAAAAACAAGAGCAUCGACAACUUCUUAAACAGAUAUAAGGACACCAUCAGUAAAAUCCGGGACCUGCGUAUGAAAGCGGAGGACUAUGAGGUGGUCAAAGUCAUUGGCAGAGGAGCGUUUGGAGAGGUGCAGCUGGUAAGGCACAAAGCCACGCAGAAAGUAUACGCCAUGAAACUGCUCAGCAAGUUUGAGAUGAUCAAGCGGUCGGACUCGGCUUUCUUCUGGGAAGAGAGGGACAUAAUGGCCUUUGCCAACAGUUCUUGGGUGGUGCAGCUCUUCUACGCCUUUCAAGAUGACCGCUACCUCUACAUGGUAAUGGAGUACAUGCCUGGGGGAGACCUAGUGAAUCUAAUGAGUAACUACGAUGUGCCUGAGAAAUGGGCCCGGUUCUACACGGCCGAAGUGGUUCUGGCUCUGGACGGUAUUCACUCGAUGGGCUUUAUUCACAGGGAUGUAAAACCUGAUAACAUGUUGCUUGACAAAACGGGCCAUUUGAAGCUGGCAGACUUCGGGACCUGUAUGAAAAUGAACAAGGACGGUAUGGUACGAUGCGACACUGCGGUGGGAACUCCAGACUACAUUUCUCCGGAGGUGCUGAAGUCUCAGGGAGGAGACGGCUACUACGGCAGAGAGUGUGACUGGUGGUCCGUGGGUGUCUUCUUAUACGAAAUGCUUGUUGGUGACACACCUUUCUACGCUGAUUCACUGGUGGGCACCUACAGCAAAAUUAUGAACCACAAGAAUGCGCUGACCUUCCCCGAUGACAGUGACAUCUCCAAGGAUGCUAAGAGUCUCAUCUGUGCCUUCCUGACAGACAGGGAAGUGCGAUUAGGACGUAACGGAGUGGACGAGAUCAAACGUCAUCCCUUCUUCAAGAACGACCAGUGGACAUGGGAGAACAUCAGGGAUACCGCUGCCCCAGUGGUGCCAGAGUUGAGUAGUGACAUCGACACCAGUAACUUUGAUGACAUAGAGGAAGACAAAGGAGAAGAGGAGACCUUCCCCAUCCCCAAAGCCUUUGUGGGGAACCAGCUUCCAUUUGUUGGCUUUACCUACUACAGCAGUAAUGAGUUGCCUCGAACUCCAAGCACAAAAACCAGUGACAAACGCAGCAGCUCCACAAAGGAAGACAAGAGCCAUCUGGAGAACUUGCAGAAGAGGAUCUAUCAGUUGGAGGAGCAACUCCACAGUGAGAUGCAGUUGAAGGAUGAGAUGGAGCAGAAGUGCAGGACGUCCAACACAAAACUAGAUAAGAUUAUGAAAGAGUUAGAUGAAGAGGCGAACCUGAGGAAGAGCACAGAGGCCAGCAUUUCACUGCUGGAGAAAGACAAGAUCAUGAUACAGCACCGAGCCACUGAAUACCAAAGAAAGGCUGAACAGGAAGCAGAGAAGAGACGCAACCUGGAGAACGAGGUGUCGACCCUGCGGGAGCAGCUGGAGGACCUGAGGAAGAUUAGUCAGAACUCCCAGGCCUCCAACGACAAGAUCGCCCAGCUGCAGAGCCAACUGGAGGAGGCCAACGACUUGCUGCGUGUGGAGUCGGACACGGCGGCGCGCCUGCGGAAGAGCCACACAGAGAUGACCAAAACCAUGAGCCAGCUGGAGGGCCUGAACCGCGAGCUCCAGGAGAAGAGGCGGGCGGCAGACAAUGCCCACACGCAGCUGGAAAAAGAAGUCCAGCAGCUGCAGACCACCCUGGACUCAGAGAGGAGAAACCGCAGCCAGGGAUCAGAGGAGAUCAGGGAGCUCCAAGCACGUGUAACAGGCCUGCAGGAGGACAACAAGAACUUAAAACUGAGCCUGUCUAAAGUGGAGGCAGAGAGAAAGCAGGCGCAGGAGAGAAGCAACACUCUGGAAAAGGAGAAGAACAACCUAGAGAUCGAUCUGAACUACAAGCUGAAGAUGCUGCAGCAGAGGUUGGACCAGGAACAGACGGAGCACCGCGUCACCCGGGCACAGCUCACCGAUAAAUACGAGUCUAUCGAAGAGGCCAAAUCUGCUGCUAUGCAAGCUGUGGAGCAGAAGGUGACGGAGGAGAGUAUGGCCAGGAUGCGGGCGGAGAGCAGGGUGGUGGAGGUAGAGAAGCAGUGCUCCAUGCUGGAAUUUGACCUGAAGCAGUCGGUGCAGAAGAUGGAGCAGCUGAUGAAGCAGAAGGAAAGGUUGGAGGAUGAGGUAAAGGCCUUGCGUGUGGAGCUGGAGAAGGAAUCAGGGAAGCGUUCACUGGCUCAGACUGACCUGAAGAGCUGGACCAUGGAGGCGGAAAAGCUGAAGGUGUCUGAGAAACAGCUGAAGCAGGAGAUUAACUCUGUUCUGGAGAGCAAACGCUCACUGGAGUUUCAGCUGGCUCAGCUUACCAAGCAGUACAGAGGCAAUGAGGGACAAAUGAGAGAACUUCAGGAUCAGCUGGAGGCCGAGCAGUAUUUCUCAACGCUUUAUAAAACUCAGGUGAAGGAGCUGAAGGAGGAGCUGGAGGAGAAGAACCGUCAGGUCCAGGAUGCUCAGAGGAGGGUGCAGGAGUUGCACAGUGAAAGGGAUUCACUGUCUGCCCAGCUGGACCUGACGGUGACUAAAGCGGAGUCAGAACAACUGUCUCGGGCGCUGCAGGAGGAACAGUACUGCGAGCUGGUCCAGGAGAGCAAGAAGGCUGCCGCCCGACACAAACAGGAGAUCGCCGACAAGGAUGCCACUAUUGCACGGCUUGAGGAAUCCAAUAAAACUCUGACCAAAGACGUGGAGAACCUCAGCAAGGAAAAAGCCGAGCUGGACACAAAGCUCCGGGCCCAACAAGAAGAGUAUGCAGCCCAGAAAGAGGAAAUUACUAACUCAAUCAAGGCCAACUAUGAGAAAGUCCUCAACACAGAGCGAACUCUGAAGACCCAGGCAGUAAAUAAACUGGCGGAGAUUAUGAACAGGAAGGACAUGAAGCUGGACCAGAAGAAGAAGGGCAGCACAGCCGACCUGCGUAAGAAAGAAAAGGAGAACCGUAAGUUACAGCUGGAGCUGAACCAGGAGAAGGACAAGUUCAACCACAUGGCCAUCAAGUACCAGAAGGAGCUCAGCGAGAUGCAGGCGCAACUGGCCGAGGAGUGUACUUAUCGUACAGAGUUGCAGAUGCAGCUGGACAGUAAGGAGAGUGACAUCGAGCAGCUGAGAGAGAAACUGAACGACCUGCAGCUUCGCAUGGACAACUCCAGUGUCACCAGUCUCCAGGCCGAUGAGAUAGACAGCAACAUCGCUGAAUCCAGACUGGAAGGCUGGCUUUCAAUACCUAACAGGGCUAACAUAAAGAGAUACGGCUGGAAGAAACAGUACGUCGUGGUGAGCAGUAAGAAAAUCCUGUUCUACAAUGACGAACAGGACAAAGAACAAUCAAACCCCUCCAUGGUACUAGAUAUUGAUAAACUGUUCCACGUGCGACCGGUCACACAGGGUGAUGUGUAUCGAGCAGAGACGGACGAAAUUCCACGAAUAUUCCAGAUCCUUUACGCCAACGAAGGCGAGUGCCGGAAAGAGGCGGAGAUGGAGGCAGUCCCUCAGGGUGACAAAUCCAACUGUUUGGCCCAUAAGGGUCACGAGUUCAUCCCCACGCUGUAUCACUUCCCCUCCAACUGCGAGGCCUGCUCCAAACCACUGUGGCAUGUCUUCAAACCGCCGCCCGCGCUGGAGUGCCGUCGCUGCCACGUCAAGUGCCACAAGGACCACCUGGACAAGAAGGAGGACGUCAUCGCCCCCUGCAAAGUUAACUAUGAUGUGACAUCAGCAAGAGACAUGCUUCUGUUGGCCUUGUCCCAAGAAGAACAGAAGAAGUGGAUUGGCCAUCUGGGCAAGAAGAUUCCCAAAACCCCGCCCUCCUCCUUCUCCAGGGCGUCACCGCGUACCAUGUCGACCCGCUCCGUCGUAGCAAACCAAUCCUUCCGGAAGAAUCCCAAAAACAUCGCAGGCAAGCCAAGCUAACCAUCUGAAGCAUUGGACUCUAUUGGGACUUUGUAUCUUUCCUGUCCCUUUCUUCUCCAUACCCCAAACACAAAAAAUGAAAUAAAAUAAGGAUUUCCGCUAAUUACUCAUACAGCUGAAUUUUUGAAGAUAAAACGUUUUAGAAUAAUGGUGACCCGUGCUGGAAAGUCAGAGACUACCCAGCAUGAAGCAUCAGGACGUUUUUGAAAGUCCGCAAAUUUUUUUGCACCCCUUCUCCUUCUUUCUCCCUCUUCUCCUCCUAUUGGGAUUCCACCAAGCCUUCCAGUCUCUCCCUCUUCCACCUCCUCCUCUUCCUCCUCCUCUUCUCCUUCCACCACAUGAACUCUCCUGUCACUGUCAUGGUGAGGAGUGCUUGGUGGUCUUUGAGGCUUUGGGAUGAACAGUGUGGGGGGGGGACUGCAGGCUGUCCAUGUGGCUCCGUUUCUCAUUCUGUGCUCCUCUCAGACUGGCAGUGGUGUUUGGAAAGGGGGGGGGGGGGUGUUACGCUGAAGCUUGGACCUUUUCCUGCAUGUCAGAGGUCAGCGCAGAGGUCACGUAUCGCAGAGAAAUGCCAUGGGUGGAAGUGGGUGCAUCUGAGAGACACUGAAUUCACUCAGGCCCCCCUCCAACAAAGAGGGGGGGACACACUAGUUUGGAAAAAAAAAGAAAAGAAAAGAUGACGGCAAACUGUCUCCAUCCAGACUGACUCUGGUGCCCUGUUCUCAUGGACUCUGGUGGCCUUAGUGUUUCAGUCCCUUCACAGAGAAGGAAAACAAUGCGCAAUUGGUUAAAAAAAAAAAAGAAAAAAAAAAAAGAAGUAAAACAAGAACUAGUUAGGACAGAGUAUUGGGUACUGAGUGUUAGAUUUCGUUUUUGUUUUGUUUUUUUCUGUUAUUCACGGAGCAUGCAAGAUCAUUACAAUCUAUGCAUUGUGUUAUAAUAA